AUGGAACAAGAUGCUGACAGAUCCGAGGGUGUGAGGUCAUAUCCAUCCAAGAAUGGAAAAGCACUGAUAUUUAACAUGAAAAACCAACGAGAAGGCACUGAGGAAGAUGUGAAAAGACUCUGUAAAGUCUUUCAAAUCCUCAACAUCUCUGUCUUACCACUCCUGCGCAUCAAUACUAGGGCAGACGAUGACACGGACAUGACAACAGAGGAAGUAACUUUCAACUUAAAACAAGGGUCAAAUAAAGCUGAGGCAGCCAUCUAUAAGGUAGCUUAUAAGGAGUCCUGCUGUGGACUCUGUUGCGAUAUCCUCAAGAUAUUUCAAAAGGACGUUCCCCACGAAGGCUCACAUUACUGA